UGACGGCAUGUUUCUCCUGAUCAGAGACGAGAAGAAGAAGUCAUGGCGAGAACCAAGCAGACGGCUCGUAAAUCCACCGGAGGCAAAGCCCCCAGGAAGCAGCUGGCCACCAAGGCUGCUCGGAAGAGCGCCCCGGCCACCGGCGGCGUGAAGAAGCCUCACCGUUACCGGCCCGGUACCGUGGCCCUGAGGGAGAUCCGUCGCUACCAGAAGUCCACGGAGCUGCUGAUCCGCAAGCUGCCCUUCCAGCGUCUCGUGAGAGAAAUCGCUCAGGACUUCAAGACCGACCUGCGCUUCCAGAGCUCCGCUGUUAUGGCUCUGCAGGAGUCCAGCGAGGCUUACCUGGUCGGCCUCUUCGAGGACACCAACCUGUGCGCCAUCCACGCCAAGAGGGUCACCAUCAUGCCCAAAGACAUCCAGCUGGCCCGUCGCAUCCGCGGAGAGCGAGCUUAGACUGUCUGCUGUCCACGACCCACAACGGCUCUUUUAAGAGCCACCUCACUCUCUCUGAAGAGCUCCUUCCUCUCUGUUAACAACGUUUUACGAUCAAAGGCAAUGGAUCAAAUCAGUCGUACUGGUAUUUUCUACAGCCUAAAUAAUAUGAAGGCUCCAUUACCGACCAGCUUCAACAUUUUAUUUAAUAUAAAAAUGGCCCAAAUUAUAAAAUGUAGUUGGGAUACAGUAAAAUGCUGUUUUGUAGUAAUGCAGUACUGUUAAUACAGUAUAUUCAUACGAUUACUGUACAAUUGCAGUAGUUUAUUGUAAAUCUAAAAACAUAAAUGUACUGGCAACCAUGCUACCAGUAACUAACUGUAUUGCAUUUCGUCAGGUGGUAUACGAUUAUAAAAACGUCUGCUUCUUCUCUUCUAUAUUAGUUUAUUACACCAGAUUGGAAAUUAUGCCAUGUAAAUCACUUUUCUACAUCAGAUAUCUGAGGUGGGGCAACUCAUGAAGCCACAGUACAGACUUCACACACAUGUUUAUCAUUUAAGAUUGUGUAUCUUGCAGCUGUCCAAAAGGGGCAAGACAAGAGAUGUACAGAUAGGGUCACGGUGGUGUGUUGUUCAGUGACAGUGCAUAUCUGCUGAUUUGUCUACACAGUCACAUUGUGAUUGUCCUCGACAUUGAACAUUAUAGUAAUCAUAAAGUAAGUGUUUGAGUACACAACUGGUCAGCUUGUCUUUCAGCAACAAGCAGUGGGAGACAAUAUGUCCCUGAUCAAUGCUGUUGUUCAGUAUGUGGCGUCUAAUUAAGUGACAUAUUUUACUGUAUAGUUUGUUUUCCGUUUCAAACAUCGUUUGUAAAGGCAAAAACUGUUUCCCUGGAUAACUGUGUUGAAGCAAGAGGCUACAGCGUGUGUUAGUUAACUUGUCAUUAAAGGGGAAUUUAUACUAUUUUACACUACGUGAUGGGUAUGCGACAUUAGCCUACAUAUUUGUAUAUUGCAUGCAAAGCGUGGUGAAAGGAAACAAAGUCUUUUCCUCUCGCCCCUCGAGGCUACGGAGCUCCAACAGCAGCCAAGAGGUUGUUGUGUUCCUCUUUGUGGUCAAGCUGAACCUUAAAGGAGGCCUCUUUUAUCAAUGUGUGCUUCUACAGGAACGAGUUCUCCUGCUGCCAGAGAAAAUGUUCACUCUGCAGCUGAAAACAAAAAAAGGAAGUCAAUAAACAUUUUGGGGGGGGAUUUAGCAGUACACUGUCCCCUGUGUUUGAACUACUCUGAGAUAAGCCUACACAGUAAUGCUGAUGUGCUGCAGUAAGAAAAGGGUGCGACAAAUAAAACACUUCCUCUUGUGUCAUAUA